CGCAUCUUUGCUGAACAUCAAAACUUUGUCCCAGACGUGCCCCAAAUCAGCGACGUCGACACUUGAUUCCUGACCUCUUGGACUCAGCACGCUGAUUUGGGUCCAACAUGGCAUCCACCUCUUCACUUGGCUCGUCCUCGAGCGCCUCGGCUUCUCAGGCUGCAACGUUUUACAAAGACUUCAACGAGAUUAUCCAAGACCUGACGACACAAACAGAGAGCGUUGCAGACGUGGAAGGUCUCUCUGAAAUCUUGACCAGGGCAAGCUCAGCUCGCGCUGUGCUCCAAGCCAGCACGAGCAUCUUGCCCGCGAGGGAUCAGGCGACUCAUCAGACUGCUCUCAAGAGACUUUUGGAAGGCGUCGAAGCACGAAGAAGGCAUCUGUACGCGGGACAACCCUACUCUAUCCCUCCGGAAGCGGAUCACGAUGCGCCAAAGACGGGCGCAAUAGCGGCUACAAACAAACCCAAAGCGAAUGGAGGAUUCGCGUUCAGACGCAAAGCAAAGCCUGCACCUACGACAGGCUCCAUGCUGCAUUCAAAGAGCGCGUUGCCGGAAUCUCGAGCGAAUGCUGUUGCGACGCAGCUCACCGACGAGGAUUCAGAAACUCGGCCAAUGGCGCCCUCCUCUUCAAAAGUGGUCAAGCAAGACGACGAAAAUUUGACUUCGCAUCUUCGCGUCUCUUCCAUUCAGGGAAGGCACAUCGCCGUGUCUGAUCUGCGCCUGCAUUCAACGUCCCAUUCCACCCAAGAGCAGGAAAAGGACUUGCAUCUGCUCGAUCUCACUGAUUGCCUCAUCGAUCUGAGAGCGACAUCAUACGCUUCCGAAGAGCCCUCAAGAAUCACGCAAAGCGCAUUUGCGGCGCUUCAGCUGCGUCGACUUAGCAGGUGCAUCCUUUUGCUCCCACGCAUCAGCGGUGCUGUCAUGCUUCACGAUCUGCAAGAUUGCUUCAUUCGCGUCGAAUGCGGUCAGUUCAGGAUGCACACUUCGAAUAACAAUACAAUUCUGCUGCGCCUGCAUUCAAGCGCAAGCGUAGCCACCAUUGAGCAAUGCAGAGAUAUCUCGUUCGGGGCGCAAAGCCAGCAAACAGACGAAGCGGUACCUACAUUGACACCUGGCGAAAAGGAGCCCGAAGUACGGGUGCAAGAUUUCGAUCGACCAUUUGUGCCUAUUGGAACCACGAGCGAGUCCUGGACCGUCUUGAUGGACCACAGACGUCGCAAUGCUGAGCGUGUCUCUCGAGAACUUCCAACUCAAGAUUAUCGCAGGCAAGAAGAUGCGUCUACGAUCGAUGCUGUCGACGGCAUUACUGGAGAGGGCGCUAAUGUCGAUGUGCGCUGGUUGAGAAAGGAGCUAGCCACGAUCCUCCCUCAGCCUCUCACUGAUGCGACUACUCAAGACUGAGCUACGCUAGUUGGCAUUGCGGGGCGGCGCCCUGAGUCGCGCGUGGCUGCCCUUCGUCGGAAAUCACUCAAAAUCAGACGCUUGCAAUUUCGCUCGAGGUCUCUGCCG